ACGAAGCAAAUUUUUAAGCGCAUUCAUCAGCAUCACUUUGGCCUUCUUCUCGACGAUUCCAACGUCCUGAAUCACCUGCCGCAGCUUCGCCGUCCGCCAUCUUUCUUCUCAAUUCAAGCAGGUGUUGUGUUUGCCAUCUGCUUUGAAAAACUCUGAGGAGAUUAAACACAAGACAAUGGCAGGAGGAAACUUUAUGCACAGAGUUAUCUCGUAUGUUGCGAAUGAGAUCAUUGUGAACGGCCUGGCUAAUAGCCCUGGUUUUCAAAGAUUUGCAGUGAGGACAUCAAAGAGAUUGGAGGAGGUGUCUAAUAUGGCUGCACAAAAAAAACGGGAGAUUGCAGACAAGGUGAAGGAUAUAUCUGAGGAAUUAGAGUCACGGAGAAACCACUAAAGGGUUCGUGAAGUGAGAAACUCAUUGGCAUGGAGCGCUGCAUGGAUGCCUUCAUCUCCUCCCUCUCUGAAUAUUUAGAAUAAGAUGCUUGAUGUGGAUUUAGAUGAACUUAUAUUUUUUAUAGAUAUCGAAUCUAGAGCCACAUUGUGGCCUAAGUAUUUGACGAUUGCAGUCCUUUUUUCUUACUCUUUUAACCAGAAUUGUUUAGCAGUCGGUUUUGCAGUCACAAAAGGUCAUGACUCUGAUCAUAGAGAACUGCAUUUUGACCUCGUUUGUACCCAGUUAAUAAUUCAACAAUGGCUUGGUGGAUCAAAUGUGUUAUCUAAUGUUAUAUCUAUUAUUGAUGUCAGUACAUUGUGAA